GGGGCUACAAAAGAGCUGGGGAGGGACUGUUUAGGCUGUCAGGGAGUGACAGGACUGAGGGGAAAUGGAACAAAACUGGAAGUGGGGAGAUUCAGAGUGGAUGUUGGGAAGAAGUUGUUCAGCAGGAGAGGGUGCUGAGAGGCUGGCAGGGGUUGCCCAGGGAGGUGGUGGAAGCCUCAUGCCUGGAGGUGUUUCAGGCCAGGCUGGAUGAGGCUGUGCACAGCCUGCUCUGGUGUGAGGUGUCCCUGCCCGUGGCAGGAGGUUGGAACUGGAUGGUCCUUGGGGUCCCUUCCAGCCCUGCCUGGUUCUGUGAUUCUAGAACUGCUGCCAGAGCAGCAGCAUCCAGGGCAGGUCACACAGGAAUGCAUCCAGAUGGGUCUUGAAAGCCUCCAGAGAAGGAGACUCCACAGCCUCUCUGGGCAGUCUCUCAUGGCAAAAAUCUUCCCUCAUGCUGAGGAGAUCCCUCCUGGGUUCCAGUCUGUACUGCAAUUAAAUGCAAAGCUGGAGCUGGCCAAGUUGCUGCAGGAGACCAUUGCAGAGAUGGCCAAAAGGUACAAAGCAGACACAGGCCAAGGGAAACAAUUCUCCUCCUGUGUGCACCAGAUGCGCCGCAGCGGGCAGCAGCCCAGCACCCAGGAGAUCAUCAGCUUCUGCAGGCUCUUGGAGGAUGAGCUGACCCUGGAGCACUUGGAGAGGCCACAGCUGGUGGCUCUCUGCAACCUGCUCGAGCUGCAGCCCUCUAAGAGCACCGAGUCCACCCAGUGGUCCCUGCGGUGCUGCCGCUGGGACUGCCGCAGUGCCCGGUGUGCCCAGCAGCACCCAGCCCACGUCCUUGGUCUGCGUCCCCCACCCCUGCUGCCCUCUUGUCUCCGUCCUUGUGCCUCCCCACGUCGUGCACAUCCAGCAGCCAGCUCUGCCCGAGGGUUAUUUCUCCAUGGAGCCCAUCGGCAGCAUGCUCAGAUGGGCAGGAGGCUGCCUGUGGUGAAGGGUUUUUAAGCAGCGUCUCCGUAGGUGCCCUGGAUGAGUGGUCAUCCGGAGGGUCUCUCUAGCAGGUCUCUGCCUUGGUCUCUGUCUGCUCCCUGGGGGGUCUGGCAAUGAGACUGGGCCCUCCCUCCUCUCUGGCCUCCUUCCCAGAGGAUCUGAUGUGGUUUGCUUCUCCGUCUUUUUGUUGUUUUCUGCCUCCAUUGUGCCCUCCAGACCGCAGGCGUUAACACCACAGACAAAGAAAUGGA